CGCGGGUUUUGGUUGGUUGCAGGUUGCAGGUUGCGGCCCGAUUCUCGCCGGAGGUUUCAGGUUUCCGGCUUUGGGAGUCCGGAAGUUUCAGGUUUCCGACUGAAAUCCGCAACCCACGCACCGCCCCCUUCACACUGAGCCCCCCUUGCAUCGGCCGUCCGAUAGAGCCAAACUUCCGGAAGCAGAGGCGCACCACACGCUGCGCACUGGGGCAGCCAAGUUGCGCCGAGACGCGGCAACUCUAACCAGCCCAGACUCAAGGUUACGAGCUUGUGGGCCCAUUUUUGUUACAUUGAUUGGAAUCGGAGCCUGAGAUUGAACAAUUUGUCCUAUUUGUCCUUCGCGAUGACAAGCUGCCGCAGCGUGAUUCUAUCGGCUCUCUUCUGGACAGCGGUGGCUCAUCGUCGUGCAUCUAAGCGCCGCGCGUUGCAGCGAACGCACGUCGUCGGUGCCGGUAAGACCGCGCCACAUCUCGUCUUCUGGCACCUCGAGAAGGCCGGCGGCAGGCUCGCUACCUCGCUCAUAAAUGAUGCGAUGGGUGGGCGGGGGGGCUUUACGACAAUCCACGAGUGGGGCGUCUACACCCCGACGCAGGAGCGGCGCUUCGUGGUCGCCCCAAUGCGCGAGCCCUGCAGCUACUACGUCUCCGAGUUCAACUGGGGUGUGUCCGGCAAGGGUUUCUUGCGACGCGCGCUCCUCGCAAACGUCAGCUCACGUGAGCGCAUUGCGCGGUGGUAUGCGGACGGCCAGAACUCGGACCUGGCGAUUGCGCGCGCAGCCUUUCGCGCCUGGGUGACUUUCAUCAACGGCGCAGACGGCGGCGUUCGUGCUGACGAGACCUGCGGCCUCCUCGGUGCACGCCUCUGGGCCGCUGUGCUCGACCCAGUCGCAGGCUUGCGCAUCAACCGGCGCAACUGCAACCGCGCCGACGUGAAGGCAAUUGAGCAGGGCCGCGGCUGCAGCUGCCCGCUCCUCGACUGCAUGCGCCAAGCGCAAAACACAACGCGGCGUGCGUGUCGAACGCGCGUCCGCGGAUUCGGCUCCGAGUUGGAUGUCCGAACGCGUGACAUCUGCUGGAUACGCACUGAGCAUCUCGUUGAGGACCUGGCAAUGUGCCUUGCCGCCUUCCGCGAAGCAGGCGGCCGCGUCAACCCUGACUUUCGCGCGAGCAUGCAUUGGAAAGUGCAAGCGACGGAUUCCGCGUUCUAUUCACACGGACAGACGUCCCAGGACAGACUCUGGACCUGCGCCGACCUCGUCGACCCGCAUAGCGGCGCAAUAAUUUAUGGUUACGAGGGCGAGAUCGCUGCGCGCUUCAACAUGACCUGCUGCACCAGGCUUUAACUUGAAGCGCAACAUAUCCCGUCGGCAGGAUUGUUAUACGUCACUCCCGGAUAGGAGGAUCUCAAAUCCGGCACUUGCCCAAAACUCAAAUUCGCCGCUUUCUUUUAAGUUUCCCUUAAAGAGUAGAGGAGUCGGAUGCGCAGAAGACACGAAAAACGCAAAAUAGUAAAGCAAAUAGCUUAAUUUAAAAGGGAUAAUCAAAUAGGCUUUGAAGUGGGCUUUUGUGACUUACAAGUGCAUCUUUCAAUAGAUAGAUCGCCUGCCGCGGCACGAAACGCCGCUGGCGCUCCGUUCGUGGGCCACUAAAACUUCCAGACCAAAUCGUUUCGCUCACCCGUUUCGCUCACGUCCCAGAGGGGUAAGUAGGCCCCUUAUUCUCGACUUGCCGCCCAACCAGACGCCUAGUUUUAGAGAUACGGCAAAUUUGGGUUUGGGUGUCCGCCGAAGUUCACCCACUUGAUAUCUUUGAGCGCCUUAAGCGAUUCAGUGUUUAAGGUGACGAAACGUUCGACUCCCUCUCCAUCGUAACCUCUCAUCAUAUUCACCCCGGGAAAGUGCUCGGGAAUUCGAAUCUCAAACCAGGCUCCCGCCCCCGUGCCCGGGCCGCUACCACUAGGCACCAGGCUCACCUGAUAU